CACCUCCUACCCCUGCUACUCAUUUUCUGGAUUAUUUUCCUCUUAUUUCCUUUUGAUGCCCUUUCUGCGGCCUCCUGUCCAGCAGACUGAGGCACAGAACCUGGGGGUCCCCACAUUCAUUCAUUCCAGAGUUUCAAGACUUCCUGAGGAGGGAGGAGAAGGCAUGUGUGCAGGGGUGUGUCUGGCGGCGACUCCAGGAGACAUGGCCAAGUUUGCCCUGAAUCAGAAUCUGCCUGACCUGGGAGGCCCUCGCCUGUGCCCCGGCCUAACGGGGGGCGCCCGCAGCCCAAGCUCACCCUACUCAGUGGAAACGCCCUAUGGCUUCCAUCUGGAUCUGGACUUCCUCAAGUACGUGGAGGAGCUGGAGCGCGGCCCCGCCGCCCGCCGCGCCCCCGUACUCCCGCCCCCGCGCCGCCCCCGCGCCCCUCGGGCCGGCCUCGCGGGCGCGCGCAGCCCCGGCGCCUGGACUUCCAGCGAGUCCCUGGCCAGUGACGAUGGGGGAGCCUCAGGCGCACUGUCCCCGGGCGCGCCGUCUGGGUUCCUUCUGCCCCCGCCGUCGCCGCGCGCGCCUGUGCGCAACCCGCGCGUGGAACACACGCUCCUGGAGACCAGCAGACGGCUGGAGCUGGCGCAGGCGCACGAGCGCGCGCCCAGCCCUGCCCGCGCGGUCACGCGCAGCCCUUGCGGGUCUGGCCGCAGCAGCCCCGCCCCCGGCUCGGCCCCCACCCCCGCCUCCCCUGGCCCUGCGCAACUGCAGCUGGUGCGCGAGCAGAUGGCAGCGGCGCUCCGGCGCCUGCGCGAGCUCGAGGAUCAGGCGCGCGCGCUGCCCGAACUGCAGGAGCAGGUGCGCGCGCUGCGCGCCGAGAAGGCUCGGCUGCUUGCCGGUCGCGUGCAGCCGGAGCCCGACGCGGAGGCCGAGGCGCGCCCGGACAAGCUUGCUCAGCUGCGGCGGCUCACGGAGCGCCUGGCCGCCUCCGAGCGCGGCGUUCGCUCCAGGGCCAGCGCCUGGGUCGAUGGCCCCGACGGGUCAGCUUCGAGGCGCAGCGAGGGCGCGCUGCAUGUCCUCGAUCGGGCGCCCCAGACGAGGGAGGUGGGUGCCCAGGCCUCGCCGGAGAUCCAAGUUGCGGAAGCCCAGGUAGCGCCGGAGACCCGGGAGGCCGGUGCGGAGGCGGCUCCCGAGACCCUCGAGGCGGACGCAUGGGUGACCGAGGCGCUGCUGGGGUUGCCCGCGGCCGCCGAGCGCGAGCUGGAGCUGCUGCGCACCAGCCUGGAGCACCAGCGCGGAGUGAGCGAGCUCCUGCGGGGCCGGCUGCGCGAACUGCAGGAGGCCCGUGAGGCCGCGGAGGAGGAGGCAGCGGCGGCCCGGCCCCAGCCGCGCGAGGCUGCCACCCAGACCCCGUGGGGCUGUGCGGAGAAGGCCACGCAGACCGAGCCCCCCGAGGAGGCCCCUUCCCUGACGCAGGAGAACCUGCCCGGGCCCACGGACGGGGACAGAGCCGUGGCCCCUGCGGGCAUCCUCAAAUCCAUCAUGAAGAAGAGAGACGGUAUGACUGGUGCCCAGCCCAGUCCCGGACCCAAGAGCCUGCAGUUUGUUGGGGUCCUCAACGGAGAGUACGAAAGCUCAUCCAGUGAGGACGACAGUGACAGCGACAGCGCGGACGGCGCUGCCGAGCCCCCGAAGAGCAGCUCCUCAGGCUCUGGGGAUGACAGCUGCGGGGGCUCCGGCUUGGGCACCCCCGGGCCUUCCAGUAGUGGCGAUGUCCGGGACCCCGAGCCGGGUGCGCAGGGGAGGUGCGAAAUGAGCCCGCGUUUGAGGGAGGCGUGCGCAGCCCUGCACCGGCAGCUGAGCCGACCCCGCGGAGUCGCCCGUGAUGGCGGCGCGGCGCGCCUGGUGGCCCAGGAGUGGUUUCGAGUGUCGAGCCAGCGGCGCUCACAGGUGGAGCCGGUGGCCGGAGUGCUGGGUGCAGUGGCGCGCCUGGGACCCGAGCUCCUGACACACGUGGUGAACCUGGCGGAUGGCAAUGGGAACACAGCCUUGCACUACAGCGUGUCCCACGGGAACCUGGCCAUCUCGAGCUUGCUGCUGGACACUGGGGUCUGCGAGAUUGACCGCCAGAAUCGAGCCGGCUACUCAGCUCUCAUGCUGGCUGCGCUCACUUCUGUGGGGAGAGAGGAGGACAUGGCUGUGGUCCAGAGGCUCUUCCACACGGGCAACGUUAAUGCCAAGGCCACCCAGACAGGGCAGACAGCCCUCAUGCUGGCCAUCAGCCACGGCCGUCAAGACAUGGUGGCAGCCCUGCUGGCCUGUGGGGCAGAUGUGAACGCACAGGAUGCAGACGGGGCCACAGCGCUCAUGUGUGCCAGCGAGUACGGGCGCCUGGAUACUGUUCGGUUGCUGCUGGCCCAGCCAGGCUGCGAUCCCGCCCUCCUGGACAACGAGGGCACCAGUGCCCUGGCCAUUGCCCUGGAGGCUGAGCAGGAUGAGGUGGCUGCUCUGCUACACGCCCACCUGAGCGCAGGACAGCCCAGUCCCCUGGAGACCACGACAGGACACACACCCCCUCUCUCUCACCAGUCGCCCCCCGAUUCCCCGAUGGCUGUGGCUGGUGACGGAUGCAGUGGAAAUCCAGAGGACCCCCAUUUCAGUGAGCAGUCUGACAUGCUGCACACCUCCACCUGAGGAGUGGCCUUUCCCCCUCCACCCCGCUCAGCCUCAGUGGCACAGCAGGGCCAGGGUCUCUGUCCAGAUGCUAUCCCUGGCCCAAGAGGAAGGCCUGGAUCACUCAGUGUCCAACUGGGGUUCACCCUGGGCCAGCAGGUUGAGGUGGGGGCUGAUGAGUGACAAAGACCCAGUCCACCCACUCCCCCAACCUUCUCUAAUAAAACAUUCCUAACUCAG